AUGCCAGACCGGAAAUACGGCCUCGUCUUUGGCGCCUCCGGCGUGAGCGGUUGGGCUUACGUCAAUGAGAUCCUCAACGACUAUCCCAAGAAAGGCAUCUGGUCCGGCGUCUACGCCCACACAAACCGGCCCCUGAGCCUCGAGCAGUCCUACUGGCCCAAAGACGACAGGCUCUCCAUCGUCUCGGGCAUCGACCUGCUCAAGGGCAGCCAGGAGGACCUCGAAAAUGCCAUCAGGUCAGGCAUGCCCGACAUUGCCAAGGUCACGCACGUGUUCUAUGUCGCAUAUAAAGCCGGGACGGACGUCGACAAGGAACAAGAUGAGAAUGUCGACAUGCUCAAGCGCACCGUGACGGCCGUCGAUCGCCUCUCCCCGUCCCUCGAGUUCGUGGUCCUCCAGACGGGCGCCAAGCACUACGGCUGCCACCUCCUCACCAACAAGCCCGCCAGCAUCAGGCCGCCUCUCAAGGAGACUGACCCGCCCCUGCCGUCGCCCUUUGGCGAGAAGCUCUUCUACCUGCCCCAGCUCCGGUGGCUGGCCGACUUCUCCAGGGGCAAGAAGUGGGGCUGGGCCGACCCCCGGCCGGACAUCAUCGUCGGCUUCGUGCCCAACCAAAACUUCUACUCCCUCGGCACCGCCCUAGGCAUCUACCUCUCCCUCCGGCGUGAGAUCGACGGUGAGGGCGCAGAGUGCCCUUUCCCAGGCGCGCAGGCGAGCUGGGAGGCCCUGUCCAACGACUCGAGCGCCGACAUGAUUGCGCGACAGACGCUGCAUGUGAGCCUCACGCCGCCGUGGAGCCAGCGCCAGGGCGAGGCCUUCAACGUCGCCGAUAUGCGCACGCCGCUAUGCUGGCGCGACAAGUGGCCCAUCCUAUGCUCCUACUUUGGGCUCAAGGGUGUCAAGCUGCCGCAGGACGACCCCGUCGAGGUGCGCGCGUACAUCAGGGAGCAUAUCGACACUUGGAACAAGAUGGAGGAGAAAUACGGCCUGCAGAGCGGGCACGCCGAUAACCCGCGCAUCUUCCCCGGCUUCGAGUACUUCUUGCUCACGCAGUUUGACUUUGACAGGCAGUACGACAUGAGCAAGAUGUAUGGCCAGGCUGGGUUCAAGGAGGAGAGGGGCCCCUUGCAGUCGUGGGGUGGCGUGUGGGACCGGAUGAGGAAGGCCAAGAUCAUUCCGAGUGAGUUCUCGUGA